AUGAAAGAAGCCAGUCAUAAAAGACCACAUACUGUGUGGUUCCAUUUAUAUGAAAAGUCCAGAAUAGGCAAAUCUAUACAGACAAAAAGAUUAGUGGUUUGUCUAGGGUUGGGAACCUGGAGGGAAAAUGGGGAAUGACUGCUAAUGGGUAUAGGCUUUCUUUUUGGGAUGAAUAAAAUGUUUUAAAAUGAGAUAGUGGUGAUAGUUGCACAAGUCUCUGAAUAUACUAAAACCAUUCAAUCGUACACUUUAAAUGAGUAAAUUGUAUGGUAUAUAGGGGAAUGAAUUAUCUCUAAAGCAGAUUUUAAAAAGUGUGACUAUUGUCUUUAUGCUUUGUGCUGUUAGCUUUUUUGACUCAGCAUUAUGAGCAAAAACAAAUCAUUGUAUUUUGCAGUUUAUCUGUUUUUGUACAUUCAGUGCCGUAUGACUCAUUUUUCACGUUCCAUUGUAUGAAUUUACUAUUUUUUAUUUACCUAUUUCCCUGUUGAUGGGUUUUUAGAUUGUUCCUGGAGAGUUUUUUUUUUUGGCUAUUAAAAACAAUGCUGCGGUGAACAUUUUAAUCUUUUUCAUUACAUGAUGAUACAAUUUUAAGGGUUUCUUCCAAGUUAGAAUGUGAUAGGAUUAUUGAUAAUUUGUAAUUUAUGUAGUUUUAUUUAACUAUUUAGAAAGCAUUUUAUUGGCAUACCUCAGAAUAUUUAAAUACACAAUUUAAAGUUGAAAUUAGUAGAAGUAUUCUACCUUUGGAUCUUUUUCUGUGGUUCUUUUAUAUUUGGCAGGAGGAAAGGUAGGGCUUCUUACUGUUACGCCUUUGUUGGUAUUUUAGUGUUAUGUAAGAUGUGUCCUAAUUUUUGUGUCUGUUAAUAUAUCUUAUAGAAAAGGCCACGAAUGAGUACAACACUGCCGAAGAUUGGGGUCUAAUUAUGGACAUAUGUGACAAAGUUGGAAGCACUCCUAAUGGGUAAGAUGCCCAGUCAUGCCCAGCGAAUGUCUAGGAGCUUGAUAACUUAUGUAUCUUUUCCUGCUGUAGCCUUGGAAGGAAAACGGGACUUUACUAUAUACUUUUGAGGGGUGAAAGUAAAGAGAGCCUGAAGGCCUGAUUAUGAGAUAAGCAUUAUCUUGAAUGAACAAAUGGAAAAGAGUUCAAACUGAAAGCCUGAGAGCAAAAGAUUGCCUAAAAGCCAUAAUGAAAAGGGUAAAUCAUAAAGUUCCUCAUGUUGCUCUUCAGGCAUUAACUCUUCUUGGGGCUUGUGUGGCAAACUGUGGAAAGAUAUUUCAUUUAGAAGUAUGUUCCCGAGAUUUUGCAACAGAAGUACGUGGUGUGAUAAAAAAUAAGGCUCAUCCUAAAGUGUGUGAAAAACUGAAAUCUUUAAUGGUGGAGUGGUCAGAAGAGUUUCAGAAGGAUCCUCAGUUUAGUCUGAUAUCUGCGACUAUUAAAUCUAUGAAAGAAGAAGGAAUUACUUUUCCUCCAGCAGGUUCUCAGACUGUCUCAGCUGCUGCCAGGAAUGGUGCAUCAACGAACAAAAGCAAAGAAGAUGAAGACAUAGCUAAAGCUAUUGAGUUAUCAUUGCAAGAGCAGAAGCAGCAGCACACAGAAACAAAAUCCUUAUAUCCAUCUGCAGAAAUUCAGUUAAAUAAUAAGGCGGCAAGGAAAGUGAGAGCUUUAUACGAUUUUGAAGCUGUUGAGGACAAUGAACUCACCUUUAAACAUGGUGAAAUUAUUAUUGUUUUGGAUGACAGUGAUGCCAACUGGUGGAAAGGAGAAAAUCACAGAGGAGUAGGACUCUUCCCAUCUAAUUUUGUAACAACAAAUUUAAAUAUAGAGUCUGAGGCAGGUGUAACACUCAGUUUCCAGGGAAAUGCCUGUAAUGACAGCUCCCAUUUAUGUUGCUCUCUUGUUCCACUAGAGUCAGCUGUGGACCAAUUGAAUGUAACUGAUGAUGAUGUGGAGGAAAUUAAGAAAUCAGAGCCUGAGCCUGUUUAUAUAGAUGAGGAUAAGAUGGAUAGAGCCCUGCAGGUACUCCAGAGUAUAGAUCCAACAGAUUCAAAACCAGACUCCCAAGACCUCUUGGACUUAGAAGAUAUCUGUCAACAGAUGGGUCCAAUGAUAGAUGAAAAACUUGAAGAGAUUGAUAGGAAACAUUCAGAAUUGUCUGAGUUGAAUGUAAAAGUCUUGGAAGCUGUGGAACUGUAUAACAAAUUGGUGAAUGAAGCACCAGUAUAUUCGGUCUAUUCAAAGCUCCACCCUCCAGCACAUUACCCUCCUGUGUCAGCUGGCAUCCCAGUGCAGACAUACCCAGUUCAGUCACAUGGUGGAAACUAUAUGGGUCAAAGCAUUCAUCAAGUCACUGUUGCCCAGAGCUACAGCCUAGGACCAGAUCAAAUUGGUCCACUGAGAUCUCUGCCUCCAAAUGUGAAUUCCUCAGUGACAACACAGCCUGCUCAAACUCCUUACUUAAGCACUGGACAAGACACCAUUUCCAGUCCCGCUUAUAUGAACCAGAACUCUAACCUUCAAUCUGCUACUGGUACAGCCGCUUACACACAGCAGAUGGGGAUGUCUGUGGAUAUGUCAUCUUACCAGAACACUGCUUCCAAUUUGCCACAAGUGGCAGGCUUUCCAGUGGCAGUUCCAGCUCAUUCAGCUACACAGCAGCAGACAAGUUACCAUCAGCAGCCUCUCCUAUAGAAACAAACGAAGCAUUUUCUUGAAAGUAUUCAUAAGUGUAUUACUCAACCCUUAUGAUUCUCAUCUGGAAAUACUAAAAAAUGUUUUCUCUCAACUCAAAAGGACCAUGAAUAAAUAAAGCACAAAAGUCUGUUUUACUCUACCAAGGCCAUAAGGGAAAUUUUUCAAUCCAGUUUGUUUGCAGUCAGACUUUUGAUCAGAGGCAACUUAAAGAUGCUUCCAGUUAGUUUUGUCAUACUUUAAAAUAUAACCACAUGACACUAAAAAGCAUGAGUUAGGAGUGUAAACAUUUUACUUUAAAGAAACCAUCUUUUUCUCCUAAAACAUCAUGAUUUCCCCUAAAACAUUGGGAGAGCACCAAAACCUUUAAAUAUCUUUUGUCUGCACUUUUUUUUUUCCAGUUUCUCACAUGCUAUUAUUUUAAAAUGCGAACAUCUUUUUGUGUAAGCAUUUAGCUUGCCAACAUAUUUCCUUUUGGCUCCUUAAAUUGCAGUUGUGUUGGCAGUACUGUCAGUUUUGCUCUCAGUGUUAUGUUGAGUAAUAAUUAGCAUAUAAUUGUCUACAGAAGCAAGAGCAAUUUGGAAGGAACAAAAAUGUUUUCUGUAUAGUAACGGUGAAGACCAUGUAGAAGCAGACGUGCGACAAAACAUAUAGCAAGACCCCCAGUCAUGCCAACAGUGGGCUAAGGAAUGCCCCACAAAACAUUUCCAUUCCCUGGGGAAAGCAUUUCCUUUCCUACAAGUGGCCUUGGGAUUUAGAAUUGCCACUAAUGACCUUUUCAAGUGACUCCAGCCAUUCUGUAAUUCAUUCGCCAUUUCCUUCCUGCGGUGUGAUGUGCAAAUAUACACCUACUCCUCACUUAUCGACUGUCUCGUUGUCUGACGUUUCACAUUUAUGACAAUAGUAAAAAAUCUACUGUCUGACUGUUUUGCACAUUAACAAUGUACAUCUGACAGUAACGAACACCGGUGUGAGAGUAAUGCUGGCUGUGGGGGUUAAGGUUAUGUGUCAGCUUGGCUGGGCAGUGAUUCUCAGUGGUUUGGCAGUUAUGUAAUGAUGUAAUUAGGUAGUUACGUAAUUAUGUAAUAGUGUAAUUUGGCAGUUUUGUCAUGAUGUAAUUUGGCAGUUGUGUAGUGAUAUAGUUAUCCUCCGUUUUGUGAUCUGAUGUGGGUCAUCUGUUUUCCCAUAACGCUGAUUUUUGCAUAACGACCUGGUCUUUGGAACAUAACCCUGUCCAUAAGUGAAGAGUGGGUGUACUGCGUUUCCUUUUUCACUGAUCAUACGUGAAUUUUGAACCGUGAAACAUUCCAAAUAAUUUGAUGUGAUGUAUACCAAGCAUGGAUGACAAGUGUUUAUUGGUGUGUUGAUUCUUUUAGAAAGUGAUUUGAGUGCCAUUGCUCUGCCAGGCUGUUGACAAAUCUGACCAUUCCUUUCAGGAAUAAUCUAAGUCUGUGGAAUGAUAGCAGGCAUUGGACUGAUAGAGAGGCUAUUGAGACAGUUUUUCUGAAGGCUAUGUUUUAAAUCAGUUUGUAGGGCUAAUAGAUUCCCAUACUGUAGGAAUUAGAUAGUAAACCAGUAGGGUUUGUUUUCUCUCCUAAAAAUUUGCACACUACAUCAUCUACCAGCUCUUUAUAUAACUCAAAAUAGAAAAUACAAAUAAAUAUGCUUACAGAUAGAUAAUAUUUAAACUGGGAGAAACAGUGGACAUAAAUUUAAUAUUUAAAAAGUUACUUGCAUGGAAGCAAGAUUUCUACAUUUGAUUUUUAAAGCAUUUAAUCUUUCUACUAAGAAUCCAUUUGAGAACAGUUCUCUGGAAAUUUUUGUCAUUAAUCUGUUAUACAGAAAUUUGAUUAGCAGUGUGCUUCUUUUUCAAAGAAACUGUAUCCUAGAACAAAAUAAUCUAUUUAGUACUUGGUCUACAUUUAACAGGAAAAAACAAAAACAACCAGUAUUUGAAAGCCCAAUUUCUAUCAUGGUCUUAUUUCAGAUAUAAGUAACUGCAAAGAAAAUCUUAACCCUUAAUGUCUUGUGUUCUCUUUCUCAUCCAGUGUUUUACUUCCAUGUGAAUUCAAUUAUAUAGUUAUAAAAAAUUAUUCUAAAAUGGCACCUUACUUUUUUGGGAACAAGUCCUCUGUUCUUUAAAAAAAAAAAAAAAACGUAAAAAAUAUUUCCAAAGCUGCUCUUGAUAACAGUUAAUGUUUGCAUAUAUGUGGGAAAUCUUACCUUUUUUCUCUGAAACUAUAUUUAAUAAACAGUUAUUUUAAUGUUUGUGUAAAUAUUUCAUGUAUAAUUGUCAUCUGAAUUGUAAAAGCUUAAUUCAGUGUAAGUCUUUGAGCCAGUAUAAAUGCUGCACACUCACUAAAUCGGGAUCGGCCAGUUAAGUUCAACUAACAUAGUUUUGCAUUGGGGCCCUGGUGGCACAGUGGUUAAGUCUACAGCUGCUAACCAAAAGGUCAGCAGUUUGAGUCCACCAGCCGCUCCUUGGAACCCUAUGGGGCAGUUCUGCUUGUCCUGUAGGGUCGCUAUGAGUCAGACUCGACUCAAUGGCAAUGAGUUUUGGAAUGUAGUUUUGGAAUAAUAUAACAUGUGACAUGUAUAUAAAUAGUGUAUAUUGGCAUUUGUGAAAUUUUAUACAUGCAGAAGUUUUUCUUCCUCUUAAAUUAAAAAUAAUUUUAUUUUUGCCAUACUGUAUGUUGUAGGUUGUUGAUAGUAUAAAAAUGUUAUUAAAUCUGUGUACUGACAUGAUUUUUUUGGUGUUAAUAAGAAAUGCAGGGUUUUUUCUUUCCUUUCCAUGAUUUCAUGGAUUGUAUUUAUUUUAAGAUCUGUUUAUAAUUAAAUGUUUUCUGCCGAAGGAAUUGUCUAACUUCAGAUUUCUAUAUGGGGUUCAUAUUUACUGUUUUAUAUCGAAAGUAACUUCUGCUUUUUCAUAUGAAAUCUUGGUAUGUUAGAGAGAAUUCCUGAAAUUUUAUAAUGGUAUUAAUUUUAUUAAUGUAGAAAAGUUUUCCUCUGGGUGUUAAAAUAUAUGAAGUGGAUAUGUUCUUAUAGUUUGAAAAAUGUACAGUCUACCAACAGCAUCUUGUAAUUUGGCAGUUUAUUUAGAAAAGUACCUGAACAUUAAGCAAUUCUUUAUUAUUUAGAAUUUGAAAUUGUUUGCAGAUACAUUGUCACCUUAUGCUAUUUGAAGUAGUUGAUAUUUGACCACAUAUUUUACUGUACAUUUUGAAAAUUGUUAUAAAGUUUCACCUUCCAGUUUUUUUUAAUUUGAUUGUAAAUUUAAAAAAUAUAUAUGGCUAGGGAUUUUUUUUUUUUGAACACUUAGUUAAAACCUUAAGUGUCAAGGCUCCUGACUUUUAGGAGAGAAUUUAUUGGACUGUCAUUAUGAUGAGAAAGCUGAAGUUAUUUUUAUAAGUAAUAAAUUAUAAAUAAUAUAGCACCAAUCUAUCAUGCUUUGUUUCUGUCAAAAGAUCUUUUUCUUCUUAAAUCUUUUAGUCAAUAAAUAAAGGGAGGACUCAAUUUUAGGGAUUUUAUUUUUUUUCUUUGUUUUAUUUAGGUUCUUUGGAAGAUUAAAAGAUUGUAUUUUAAAGUUUUCCCUAGAAGAAAAAUUAUUGUACUUUUACCAAGCGAAAUUGAGAGUUUUCUUUUUAAAAUUACUGCGUCAAAAGGGAGCCCUGUUGACGUAGUGGUUAAGAGCUCGGCUGCUAACCAAAAGGUCAGCAGUUCUAAUCCACCACCCAGAAACAAUCUUUACCAUAUUUCUUUCCUGGGAAACUCUCCCCUGGGAUUUUCUGCUGUAUCUCAUCGGUCAGAACUAUGUCAGAAGACUACUCCUAGCUGCAGAUAAGUCUGGGAAGGUGAGUAUUUUGCUUUCCAGCUGCUGUAUGGAGAAGGCAAGGGAGAAGAUGACUGGGAAUGAAUGUAGAGUGAGCUACAUAUACUAUAGUAUCUGCCGAAGACGAAUCUGUCCAAAUGUGUGUGCAACCUGGUGUUAAAUUUGUGUGCCUAGUAAAUCGAAGUCGAGUUGAUUUAUUGCAAUUCGUUGGUCAAACAAGCUCCUUUUAGGAUUCUCUAAUACAAGCAUACCAUAGUUUUUAGUCAGUAAAGGCUAGAAUUAAUAUGUUUACAUCUGACCUGAUUGGUAAAACUGGGACAUCCUUUUUUUUGUUUUAAAAAAAAAAAAAAA